CAGAUAGUGAUUCUGUCGAAAUUUGGCUUGACAAGGACACAAAUCGAAGCAUUUCAGCUACCAUCCCACAACAUGGCUCUGGAUCUCGACUCUGCUAUUAAUGUCUUUGGUUUUCUGAGUAUAUCGCAAGACGCCUUGCUAUUCAACCCAAGCAAGGAUCAAAAUUCUAUCCGCCGGGGCCUUCAUGACGUCCCACCCUACCUCUUUCGGGUCCAUACGCCAAAAUCGGCCGGCACUCUCGACGAGGAGUGGGCUCGCUCCGAAGAUGCAAAGGCGGCGUUGACCGAUCCCACACGACGAGAAAGCAGCGAGACCGAUAUCCUCCAGCGCAGGGAUUUUAAUCAUGUCGCAAAGGACAUCAGCGCUCAUCUGUGGCAACAGACAGAGUCAGGCCUGCGCCUCGACGAGAUCAAACUCUGCAUAGUUCGCACCGGCGGCUUGAGGGCCGGCACUUUUCUCCGGGACGCCUACCUACUGGACUUCUACUCGAAAUGUGACCUACCAGUCCCGGGGGCCAAGGACUCACAAUCGCUCGUCGACAUGAAGAGCAUGCGUAACAAGGGGUGGUACUUUGGGGAGUACCUCUCGCAAGACUCUCUGAAAACUACAGAAAGAUGCAGCAUAGUCAGCGUUAAAUAA